CUCCAUUUUGUGCGCUGAGCGGUAGGCAGCUCUGGCCCACCGAUCCCAAAACAGCAGGAACUGACAAUUAAAGGAUCAGAAUCCCACCUUACCAGACAAAGCUGGCCCUGUUGACACAGGACCUGUGUCGUCACCUGGAGGAAUGUCCCCAAUCUUCCCCCAGGCAUCCACUCCUUUAGUGAAGAAAACCCCAAAGAAAACCCUACAGCUUCCCAGUCCUCCAGAAUAUGUUGUCUACACAGACAGUGAGUUAGAGCAAGUGCGUAAACACUACUUUGAGAUGGUCUCCACUGGCAGAGAGGGGGAAUGUAUUAUGUCCAAAGAGCUGAGAUGCAGGCUAGUGAGGAACACUGUCACCAGCAUGAUUUCCAUCUUGAGGAGCAAGGAGAGGAAGUCCGAUACCCUACCAGGCACGAAAUCACUGCAAUGGCUAGGAGACUAGUGGAGUAUUAUCCCAUGCUACAGGAUGAAGACAAAACGCAUAUGACCAUUUUCAAGAAUCUUCUCAAGAGGCUGCAGAAUGUGAAGUCCCCACAAAAGAGGCAGGGGCCCACACCUGUGAGAGGCCAUUCAAAGAAAAGGCAUCAGAUUGACUUCGCAACAAGUGACAAGGAGGGAGAAGAUUAUGAUGCAGACUCAAGUGGUGGAUCAACAAUUAUUUUGCAUCAAAGAUCUGGGAGCAGUUCUGAUGAUAGCCUCACUUCAUGUAAGUGGAAACAGAAUUUUUGUUAUAACAUGAAGGUUAGCAAUAUUACGAUAGCAUUGGAUAUCAUGAUAUAUUUCGUACAUUGAUGUUCUAUAUUUUAAUUGUGAUUGCUCCUUGAUUUACUGUAAAGUGACAUGAUUUGUCAUUUCUUUUCAUUUAUUUGGCUCUCAGAGCACAGGGAGCACACAUUACUGAGUGUGUAACAUACAUUUACAGUACUGUGUGUGGUGGGGCUUAAGGUGAUCUCCUUUAUCAAUAUAUCUUAUCGUUUAAUUUUCUGUCGUAGAAAACAAACUGCCACGUCUAUGUAAGGGCUAAAAUAAUCUGUCAGUUUUGGUUUAAUGUUACACUUGCUGUUAAAAACCAAUAGUGUCAUUGAUAUUUAUAUGUCCGAUACCAAUUACUGAUAAUUGUUUUCUGUUAUUGUGGAGAGUCAGGAUAGUCUGGCAACCCAGGCCAGACAUUACAACACUCUGCAAGCGAUGUACAAGAAAUCAAAACCCAACCAAGAUGCUGUCUCCCAACUCCUUGACCUUGAGUUUGAAGCAAGAAGAGCCUUCAUUGACUGUAAUGUCCUGAAAGAAGAGGACAGGCCAACGAAGAUCCUGGAUGCAUAUCCAUGUUUCAAGGAACUUCAUCAUGUGAUGGAUGAGCUGCGUCGGAUCCUGGAUAAGGGCAACAAGAAAUUCACUGAUGAAGUAAAGAAGAGAUGGGAAGACUUCUGUGCCAAGGUGCAAUUUUACGGUGUUUGGAAGAAAGUGAUGAAACCACCUAUGAACAUGGAUGGAGUGGAACACGCCAUAGAGCUGGUCAGGGCACUCCCCACACUCUUUCCUUCACCAGCUGCACCGCCUAAGAAGAUCGGACAUGCCAGUGAGGCAUUGCUUCAUGUCCUUCAGCCAACAGAGGAUCCCACCAUCUACCUCCAGAAGAGACCUCUCUCCAGCCCUCUAUUGCUCUUUGAUGGGUCCCGCUGUCUGGUCGCAAUCGGAACCACUCCCAUCACCACAUUUGCCAAGGAAGAACUCGGUGAGGGUCUACUGUAUCUGAUGGCUUACUACUACACCAUCCACCUUACAUAUCCAAGGUGUGUGGCAACCACUGACACAGUUUCAGUGUUCAGUGUCAUGACGUUGUUAUGAAGUACAAGAGAAAACAUUGAAGAUGAAAGUUGAAAGUCUUCCUUUGGUUCAUAAAAAAAUAUUUCUGAUGGCUUUUCUUUCUCAACCAUCAAAACAUAUGUGCUACAAAUGUUCUGCAUGACAGCACUUUAUAGGGCUGGGUUUCAGUAGUAAUUAUUAAAUAGUUUUAGAUGUUUAAGACAUUUAAUUAGGUUUGCAAACGUGGUGGAACACAAAAGCACUGCAUUAUUGUACUAGUUUUGAGUGAUGUCAUGUCACAUUGUGAUUGGAUAUUUACUUGCAAAGCUUUUAUUGCACUUAAAGUAAUAUGAGUAUGAGUGUAGUUCAAACUCCAGUAAGUUCCUUCACCUGGUUUGGCUCGGCUGCAUGUGCAGCACACACAUGCAGAUUGCAUAUCUGUAUUCCUUCAGAGUUCAAUAUCACCUGCAAAAUGUAAGGUUUAUUUGGAAAUAGUGAGUGGGAUUUGAAAAGGCUCCCAUCAAUGAUGUCAUUUUUGAAACUGACCGAAUAAUAUGAUGUAUGAUCAAGUAGCUUUUUAGCAUCUCUCAACUUAGAGUCUGUGCUAGCCCUUUCUAUUUCAUGGUACUGUGUAAUGUGUUUGUCCUUUCAGUAAAACGUUUUUGUCAAAAUUCUCUUACAUUUCAUCAAAGCUACAUUACCUUUGUCACUACCUUGGCCUCUCAUGAUAAAAAAAAACUAAAACAGUCUUCUGGGCAAAUGUUGGUAUUGUUGAAGAUCAUGCUGUUUCUGUUGAACAGUACAGAGAAAAAUGCAUAUGUUCAGUUUCACUUAAUUGAAAUAGUUCAGAUACAAAGCCAACCCCUUCCUUGAACCCAGCAAGUAUGUGUUACGCAAGUGUGUCAACUUAGGUCAGCUUUGACCUAAACUUUGGAUUUGUGUUUUGUAAAGUAUAUUUGUGGGACUGUACUUGAUCAUACUUCACAUUAUCCAGUCAGUUUCAAAAACGUGUCUAUGUUGCAUAUGUAUGCGUGUAUAAGCCACUUUACUUUGACUGUGUGUUGUAUGCCUUCAAUCCCCAAAAGUUUUGCUGUAAUGUACUCCAUAUUUGUCACUUCUGAGACAGGACCCAAUUCCUUCUCAAGUACAAAAUUGGGAUGCUCAGUGCCCAUUUCAUUUUGACAACAUUCCAAAAUUAGACAGUUUAUUUUUGCAGUGCGCAGGUUAU